AUGGGUACCCUGGGCAAAGCGAGAGAAGCUCCACGGAAACCAUCUCAUGGUUGCAGAGCAGCCCCUAAAGCCAGACUAGAGGCGAAGCCCGCCAGCAGCCCCCUCCCCUCCCACCCCAGCCUGGCCCACAUCACCCAGUUCCGGAUGAUGGUGCCUCUGGGACAUUUCGCCAAAGGAGCCAGCCUGGACGAUCUCAUCGACAGCUGUGUUCAGUCUUUCGAUGCAGACGGAAACCUGUGUCGAAGUAACCAGCUGUUGCAAGUCAUGCUGACCAUGCACCGAAUUCUCAUUUCCUCUGCUGAACUGCUCCAAAAAGUUAUCACUCUAUAUCCUUUAGCACAGUGCCUGGCGGCAGAUGCCUUGGCAAAGAAUUCACCAGGGCUUUGCCUGAAGAUCUGCUAUUUUGUAAGGUACUGGAUAACAGAAUUCUGGAUCAUGUUUAAGAUGGAUACCAGCUUGGCAAGCACCAUGGAGGAGUUUCAGGAACUGGUGAAAGCAAACGGCGAGGACCUCCACCGCCGCCUGAUUGACACAACACAAAUCAAUGCCCGUGACUGGUCCAGGAAACUGACUCAACGGAUAAAAUCGAACACCAGCAAGAAGCGGAAAGUCUCCCUGCUCUUUGACCAUCUGGAGCCAGAAGAACUGUCUGAGCACCUCACUUACCUGGAGUUCAAGUCCUUCCGGAGGAUAUCGUUCUCUGAUUAUCAGAAUUACCUUGUGAAUAGUUGCGUGAAGGAGAACCCCACCAUGGAGCGGUCCAUUGCUCUGUGCAACGGCAUCUCCCAGUGGGUACAGCUGAUGGUUCUCAGCCGCCCCACCCCCCAGCUCCGAGCUGAAGUCUUCAUCAAGUUCAUCCAGGUGGCUCAGAAGCUCCAUCAGCUGCAGAACUUCAAUACGUUGAUGGCGGUGAUUGGAGGGCUAUGUCACAGCUCUAUUUCCAGGCUCAAGGAGACAAGUUCACAUGUUCCGCAUGAAAUCAAUAAGGUUCUAGGUGAGAUGACUGAGCUGCUGUCCUCCUGCAGAAACUAUGACAACUACCGGCGUGCUUAUGGGGAGUGCACCGACUUCAAGAUCCCCAUCCUGGGGGUGCACCUCAAGGACCUCAUCUCCCUGUACGAAGCCAUGCCCGACUACCUGGAGGAGGGGAAGGUCAACGUCCCCAAGCUGCUGGCCCUGUACAGUCACAUCAAUGAGUUAGUCCAGCUGCAGGAGGUGGCCCCACCCCUGGAGGCCAACAAGGACCUGGUGCAUCUGCUGACGUUAUCCCUAGAUCUCUACUACACUGAAGAUGAAAUCUAUGAACUUUCCUAUGCCCGGGAACCCAGGAAUCACAAAGCCCCACCACUAACACCUUCAAAGCCACCAGUAGUAGUGGACUGGGCCUCUGGAGUAUCUCCCAAACCUGAUCCAAAGACCAUAAGCAAACACGUCCAGAGGAUGGUGGAUUCUGUCUUCAAGAACUAUGAUCAUGACCAGGAUGGAUACAUUUCCCAGGAAGAAUUUGAAAAGAUUGCUGCAAGUUUUCCAUUUUCCUUCUGUGUGAUGGACAAAGACAGGGAAGGCCUCAUCAGCAGAGACGAGAUCACAGCCUACUUCAUGAGGGCCAGCUCCAUCUACUCCAAGUUGGGCCUGGGUUUUCCUCACAACUUCCAAGAGACCACCUACCUGAAGCCCACUUUCUGUGACAACUGUGCUGGAUUUCUCUGGGGAGUGAUCAAACAAGGGUAUCGGUGUAAAGACUGUGGGAUGAACUGCCACAAACAAUGCAAAGACCUGGUUGUGUUCGAGUGCAAGAAGCAAGCCAAGAACUCAACAGCUCCCUCAGAGAUCAGCACUUCUGUGGGGCCAGCGUCCAACCUUUGCUCCCUGGGAGCUAAGGAUCUGCUCCACGCACCUGAGGAAGGACCUUUCACAUUCUCUAACGGGGAGGCUGUGGAACACAGUGAGGAGAGUAAGGAUCGGACCAUCAUGCUCAUGGGGGUAUCCUCACAGAAAAUUUCUGUUCGGCUGAAGAGGACUGUCGCCCACAAGGCCACCCAGACUGAAGCACUGUCUUGGCUUGGCAGUGAAGGCCCUUCCAGUCACUUUGUGCUGUCAUCCCCACGGAAGACAGCCCAGGAUACUCUGUAUGUGCUGCCCAGCCCUACGUCUCCAUGCCCCAGCCCAGUCUUGGUCAGGAAGCGGGCUUUCGUCAAGUGGGAGAACAAGGAAUCCUUCAUAAAAUCAAAGGAGGAGCUCCGUCACCUCAGGCUCCCAACAUACCAAGAGCUGGAACAGGAAAUAAAUACCCUGAAAGCAGAUAAUAAUGCUCUAAAGACCCAACUGAAAUAUGCACAGAAGAAGAUAGAAACCCUCCAACUUGCAAGAAACAAUCAUGUCUUGGCUCAGAUGGAGCAGGGUGACUGUUCUUAG